CAUCUGGCCACACAGGCAGUAGUAGACUAUGAGUGGCUUGUCCUCACUGUACUCCUGCUGGUCCUUUGCAUCGGACACCACCACACUCCCCGAUACCACCUUGGGCAUGAUGGAUUCUUGCCUUGCUCACUCCCUGCAGGCAUGAAGUGAGCACACUUGACAUGGACACCUUGAGGUCACCCGUGGAGGACCUGCACCAGGAGCCUCCACCCAUUGUUUCUCAGAGUGACCCCAGCUCAAGAGGAAUGGUGAUAUCUGGGGACAAGUUGGUGUUCUCGCCACCUCUGUAUGCCCAGCGCUACCAGGCUGUGCAGGAGAUCAUCACUGCCAGCAAGAUGCCCAUCACUAAAGUUGUGGACAUUGGAAGUGCAGAGCUGAAAUUCUUCCGCAACUUGCGAUACAUAAAUGGAGUGCAAGAGGUGGUGCUGGUAGAUGUUGACGAGGAAACACUUCAGAGUAGCAAGCACCGAGUGCAGCCCCUGAUGGCAGACUUCUUGCUGCGGCGACAGGAGCCUCUCACAGUGAAGGUGGUGUGUGGUGAUGCCCGGGUGUAUGACCCACUUCUCUCCGGGGCACAGGUGGUCACCCUCAUUGAAGUGAUUGAGCACAUGAAUGAGUGUGACCUGCCGGCCCUGGUGCAGUGCGUGUUCCAGCAUGUGAGGCCACACCUGGUGGUGGUCACAACCCCUAAUGCUGACUUCAACAAGUUCUUCCCCAACCACACCCCAGGAAAGUUCCGGCAUUGGGAUCACAAGUUUGAGUGGACAGCACAGGAAUUCCAGCACUGGUGCCUGGGAGUGGUGGAGGAGUACCAGGAUUACACAGUGGAGUUUUCUGGCUGUGGUCUUGGGCCAGACGGCACCUUCUGUACCCAGGUGGCCACAUUUUGGCACCACACACAGUAUCAAGAGCAUUCAGAGCCUUUACUCAGAACAGCCAUGACAGGCACCUCCUUUGGGGAGGUGGGAGGCUUGGCACAGACUGCUGGACUGGAAAGUGUGUACAAAAUUAUAGCAGAGUGUGAGUAUCCAGUGGACAAGAGGACCAAGGAGGAAUGGGAGGUAGAUUAUGCCAUGAAUCGUUUCAACUCCUUAAGAAAUUUUUUGGUGGCAGGGGACCGGCAAGGCAUUGAGUCCAGCGUUCCUGUGUGGCAGCAGCAGGACGGAGGACUUGGCCUGCCCUCUCCUCCUGACAGCUCCUUGUCCUCUGACUGUAUCCAUUACCUCACACCACACUUUGAUAAUGAAGAAGCCGUCUACAAGGCCGGGGAUGUGAAGAACGAGUACUGCUUCUACAUAAUAGAUAACAGAUAUGCUCUCAUCCCCAUGAGGUCCCUCGCUCACUGGGUGAAUAGUGGGGCUGAAACUGACCUCACUGAUGAGCUGAUCAGUAGAGCCGUAGGAGAUGAAUGCUUCGAGACGCACGGCAGCAGCAGCUCCUGGGUGGGUAAGGUGAUGCUGUACGAGGAGAGAGUUUCUUCUUCUUCCAGGGUGACAGAGUCUGACUCUGAGGACACAAGCUAUGCCAGGUGGCCCUCCAUGGAAACCUUGCAUCACAACACCUCCCAUCAUUCCACAGAUGUAAAGGGCAAGUUGCAAAUUGAUGUUUGUGAAAAUGACAUUGAAAAUUGGGAUUGAGCUGAAUGUGAUUAAAGUUACAUGGAAAAAUAAUCGCAAUUCCAUAGAUAGCUUUGACAAUAUUGGGAGUGACUUGAAUAUGAUCAGUAAAUAUAUAAAAAAUAACUGGUCCAUGAGUAGUGGUGGGAAUAUUGGAAUGAGUUCAAUAUAGAAAAUCAAAA